GUUGUCUGUGUGCUUCCUCGCGCUGAAGAGGAGGAUGUUCCUUCAGGACACUCCGCUGCAGCCACCUGGGUAUCACGUAGUCUCUACUCGAGAGGAACUCGAUAACCGAAAACUCAUGAAACUCGCUUUCUCUGUCACGCCAAGAGCGCAGGUGUAUUCGCAAUGGCUUGCCAUGGUUUCCCGCACAACGCAUCGAAUCUAACGUCCUACCUGCGCGCAAGAAUCCUGAGGGCUGUCGGCCUAUGAAUGGGACCGCGCUGUGCUGCGCUUGGCUCUCCGUGCCCAGGUCGAGACUAUGCGGCACCCAGGUGGCCUACAGCUACUAGAUGCACUGGCCAGCAGUUUGCGAGAGCAGGGAGGGAGGCGGCGGGGGAGCAGGAGGCCGCGGUGGGAGAGGUGGAAACGGAGGAGGGCCCGUGCCCCCGCCGCCAUUCCGGAUCGCCGUGCUGGGCGCGCAGGGCGUGGGAAAGACGGCCAUCGUGCAGCGCUUCCUCCACGAUGACUACAGUGACGGGCCGGCGUCGGGCAGUGACCAUGGGGGGACACGGGCCGGGAGCGGCCCAGGUCAGGGCAACGGGCACAUGGGGCGCAAGGUGCAUCUGUCGGCCGCCGUGCUCAAUGGGCACGUUCAUGACCUGCAGAUCACGGACUACCCUGCUAUCACCAGCUUCCCUGGCAGCACACUACAGGGUUCUUGGCACGGCGGAGGUGCCCAUUCUGAUCGUGGGCAACAAGAGAGAUCUGCAGCGCGGUCGGGUCAUCCCUCGCCACAACGUGUCCGACUUGGUGCGCAAGACUUGGAAGUGUGGCUACGUGGAGUGCUCGGCCAAAUUCAACUGGCACGUGCUGCUCCUGUUCGGCGAGGCGCUGCGCAGCGUGGGCUGUGCUCGCUGUAAACACGUUCACGCGACCAUUCGCUUCCAGCGCGCGCUCCGAAGGGAACGUUGCGCUCUCAUGUGAUAACAGGCUCGCCGUCUCUUUCCACCUUUCCCCCCACUUAAAAUGUCUGCUCCUGCCCAAGACCCUCUUGAUGCGGAACAGUGGAUUUAUAACCAAGAGCAAAACGGUCUGUCAAGCCAAGAAAGCGCUCAAAGCGUAUUAUUCGACUCAUAUCCCGUGUGCGUAUUUUUAAACGAAAUACAUAGGCUACAUCUAUUGGUGGACAAUCUGUGGCGCGCGCUAGAGAUGAUAACGUUAUAAUCAUGGCUCAACGACAAUAUUGGAGCGUCAUCUGAAUUAUUCCGCGAACCAGAGUUAAGGAGCUGUUUUCUGUUGAUUGCUUGGUCACGUAAACAUCUUCCAGCUCUUAUGAGCAAACGCAAACGAGCUCAGUACUUUCUCCAUCUGUUGACUGUGGGAAUCUAUGAACGUUUUCUAUGACGUUUUUUUUCUCAUGUGUCCUCUUCUUGGAGGUGGUGGGUCUCAAGGGGCUUGUCUGACUUAAUGCUGUAAUCCCAUUCUAAUGAAGCAUUUUAUAAGGGUCCAUUACCAAAGGUUACACGUUGUAUGCAGAUAUCAAAGAAAAUCUUCAUUGCUUCCAGAAGCAAGUCCAGCGGUCAGGGGGCAAACUGUAACCUAGCCCGUUCAAGAGCAUGUCAAAGAGCAGACCAUAUCUCUUUUAUUUAAUUUACCCAUAAAAAUGCUUCCUACCACUGACCAUUAUGCACAAUAUAUCCACUAGGAACAGCUUUGAGGAAAUAUAUAAGGAUUCAUUUUAGGUCAUCAGGUCAAAUCUGUAUCCAAGUUUGUAUUAUUCCAUCUGAAAAUAUGCCUUAGUAGAACAACGGUAUUUCAUUUAAUAGCUUUUUGUUCAGGAUUCACUUUGAGAGAGAAUGAGCAAAUGUAUUCCCUUCCCCCUUCUUUUUUUCAAUUGUCUGACUGUUGCUGUCAGUUAGGGCUAUGGUUUCUGAAAUGCACUACCUGUAUCAUCCUAAUGACUAUUGCUAGUGGAGUUUUAGCUCCAAAUGGCCUACUGAAAUUGUUUCCGGUUCCGAAUCUCUGCUGUUCAUUUAUGAGCUGUUCUGCUGGAGGCUCGGGCACAACAAAAAAGACCCAUGAAAAAGAGACAGGGCACUUGCUCUAUCGUGGAAAUAAGUGAUGUGUUUGAGAGGUAUGGUGGUGUUUCAUUGGAGGCAUGCAUUGUUAAGUUUUGUUGCAUGCAGUUCAAGCUCGUUAAUAGAAAAAAGAAGCCAAUUCGGAACGACUUGAGUGUUUUGAAAGGAAUGACAUGCAGUGUGAAAUGAUUUGGCUGCCCAGUACAUGUAAACAUUUUUUUUUCAGGUGAUGUGAUUGUGAAAUUGCGGGGAAUGAGUUUCUGUUCAUCUCGUAUUUUGCAAUAAGGGCAUUUGGUUUUGGUGUUAGAGUUAGGACUACAUGUCUGAGAUUCAUACAAGUGAUCCUCCCUGUCCAUUUCUGAAGGUAUAAUGGUGUGAUUUAGAAAAAAAAUAUAUUGACCUUUGAUCAAUGUUUUAAAAAUCAGCAUAGACAAACAACCUCUUGAUUUCAACAGAUUUAUCCAGAAAUUGCAAAUAAACCACAACACGUUGAUCAGCACCAACUUAUCCAUUCAAAAUAAAGCACAUUCCUCAAAUGUGAAAUGAUGUACAACUGAUAUUUCAAAGAAUUGUGGCAAAUGUAACAAAAACCCCUAGUGAUUUGUUCUAUCAACAUUCCACAGAUAUGUCCAUUCCAUUUCCAGUGCAUUUCAGGCCUAAACUGGAGCUCCCCUGGUUUCAAGGAGUAAGUGUGUGUGGAAGUCUACCUUGCUUCUCAUACCUGGCUCAAACAAAACAAAACACAAAAAAAUCUGUGUCAGUUGUGUGUUGGCAGCCGGCUCUAGGGAAGUGGUGAGGUGUGUCGACCACAUGUGUGUGUGUGGGAAAGGAGGGACGCAAGAAGAGGCUGACGUGUGUGUGUGUGUGUGUGUGUGUGUGUGUGUGUGUGUGUGUGUGUGUGUGUGUGUGUGUGUGUGUGUGUGUGUGUGUGUGUGUGAGAAGAGAGGGUGGUGUGUGCGUGCAUGUGAGAAAAAAGGGUGAUGUAUGCGUGUGUGUGCGUG